AUGAACUGUCCCUCGCGCAACGACGACAUCACGCUGGAGCAUCCCGACUGGAACCAGAACCCGCCCUUUCUCGCCGCCGACCUCACCACCUGCGAGGACCUGAACGGCAUCGCCAACGCCCGCGAGCAACGCCGCGCCCGGAGCGGUGCCGGGAUGGGUCCGACGGCCGGGGUGACGAGAUGA